AUGGCCUUUGCUGUGUCCCAAAAGUUCACGCGAAGGUCUCAAACGGCCUUCUCCUUUUCCAAGGGAAUUGAACGGAACACCACCAGGCUUGCUACAUACAACACGCUUGCUACAAUUCAAGGAUACGAAUACGAUCUGGAAUUACUUUCUGCCCGCAUUCAUACCUCUGACGAAGAAGUCAAUUCGGCCACCGUGUUCAGCGAUUCGGAGGUCGAGAUGUCCGAAGUGGACUCUUCUGUGCAGAGUGUCGAACAGGAGUCGAUGGAGGAGAUCGAUCACAACUCAGCAGAGGAAUCCGAGCUAUGUGCUAUUCAAGAAGAGCCUGUUGAAGACUCGGGAGAGGAGCAUGCCCACAGAGUCGACAUUGAACACCCCGACCACUCGGCGGACUGCGGUUGCAGCUCGGACGAGGACGAGAAAGAUCGGAUCUGUUACAUACAACGAGAGAUGAGCCUAGAUGAAGCGUUGAGACUCGCCAAUUCUACGCCCAUCUUCCGGCCGGCGAAGUGCCACCUUUCCUGGAGCUGUGCUUGUGCAAGAUGCAAGCAGCAGCGGGCGCAGAAGCUCAUACAGCACGUAACUGGGAAGCUUGCGGGGACGGCGUGUCGACUGAAUCAGGGAGCCAGACCGGAUGCCGAGUUGAAGCAGGAACAAGAUAAGCGAAAACAACAGGCAUGCCGGGAAACACGCGAACCAUUGCUUCGCAGACAUUCACUCCAGAAAGAACAAUAUAGCAAAGUGCAGUCAACGGGAAAACUUGCAACAAUGAAUAGGCUGGACAGGUUCUUCUUGGGUCCAACGCAACAGGUUUCUCAGAGCAAAACGAGUACCAGGAAACACCUGCAUAAGGACAUCCCGCGACGUGCAGAUACCCAUCGACGCCAGUUCUCGAUGGAUGAACUGGAAGUCAUCGAGUUGCUGACUGACUUGGCAACUGUGCAUCGAAAGGCCCAGCCGAGCUGA